CAGAGGCUGUCAGCAGUACUAAGAGCACCGUAGCUGCCAAGAAAAAGACAGUUAACGCAGUGUUUAAAUUAGCUGGAGAGAUGAGGACAUUCGCAGGUCAUUGGGGUAGAAGGCUAUUAAGAAUCUAAACUGCCGAUGAUAGUUUCAGCUUUUAAGUGUUCUCUUUCUUAUGUCUGUGGGCUUCUAAAAUGUCAUCUGAAUUUUCCUGGUUACUGAAAAUAUUUUUAACAAGUGGACUAUAAUGGGAAAUCCUGGACUAGCGUGUGGUGGCAACAGUUUGUAUGUUAGUGUAAAAUCUGAGUGUCUUCUGUAAUGCUAGUGUAGGUGACUAUUUUGGAAGGCUUGCUUAUAAAAGAUGAUGUGAAAUGAUCCAGAUGAAUGGAGUUAAUUUUUAAUGAAAAGCCAGUGGUUUAAGUGUAUUAUUGUGUUAGCUUUAUUUAGGCUUAGUUAAACUUUUUUGAAAGGGAGUUUGGCUUUUUGAAACAUUAAGAGACUAUUGAAGAUUUUUAACACUCUUUUAAAAGGGAUUAUUCUUUGAAACCGAAACCCCCCCCCCCCUUUAUUAGGAUUAUUUGAAACAUCAAAUUAAAUAGUCGUCUUGGACAAAACUAAUGAUAAAAUUAAAAAGUGAUUAGGUCUAAGACUUUUCCAGAGCUCUUUUUUAACUUGCCUGACUUUUUUUUUGAAAUAAAUCAUGAAGAUCUUUGAGCAUGUUAUGAAUAAUCUCUACUUUAAUAGAACUACAGGGAAGUGGCACAUUCAGGAUCCAGCAAGCCAGCGGUUGACAUGGAACAAACCUCCCAAGAGUGUCCUUGUUAUCAAAAAGAUUCGUGAUGCUAGUCUGCUACAGCCCUUUAAAGAACUGUGCGUGUAUCUUACUGAGGAGAACAACAUGAUAGUUUAUGUAGAAAAGAAAGUAUUAGAAGACCCAGCCAUAGCUCAUGAUGAAAAUUUUGGACCAGUGAAGAAAAAAUUUUGCACUUUCAGCGAAGAUUAUGAUGAUAUCUCCAAUCAGAUAGACUUCAUCAUAUGCCUAGGAGGAGAUGGGACCUUACUUUAUGCUUCUUCACUUUUCCAGGGUAGUGUACCUCCAGUUAUGGCUUUUCAUCUUGGAUCUCUUGGAUUUCUUACUCCAUUUAACUUUGAGAACUUUCAGUCCCAAGUUACUCAGGUUAUAGAAGGCAAUGCAGCACUUGUUUUGCGGAGCAGGCUGAAAGUGAGAGUAGUAAAGGAGCACAGAGAGAAGAAAAUGAUACAAAAUGGUAUAGAAGAAAAUGGAAUGGUGCCUACAAGUCUAGAGAAAGAAGUGGGAAAGCAAAUCAUGCAAUAUCAGGUCCUAAAUGAAGUUGUUGUCGAUCGUGGUCCUUCCUCCUACCUUUCCAAUGUAGAUGUUUAUCUGGAUGGGCACCUUAUAACCACAGUGCAAGGAGAUGGCGUUAUCGUUUCCACACCGACUGGUAGCACUGCUUAUGCUGCUGCAGCUGGAGCUUCAAUGAUUCAUCCAAAUGUUCCUGCAAUCAUGAUCACCCCAAUCUGUCCUCACUCAUUGUCCUUCAGACCCAUUGUUGUCCCUGCAGGAGUGGAGCUCAAGAUUACGCUGUCCCCUGAUGCCCGAAAUACAGCAUGGGUUUCAUUUGAUGGGAGGAAGAGACAGGAAAUCUGCCAUGGAGACAGUAUUAGCAUCACUACCUCUUGCUAUCCCCUUCCUUCAAUCUGUUUCCGAGAUCCUGUGAGCGACUGGUUCGAAAGCCUGGCUGAGUGUUUACACUGGAAUGUUCGGAAGAAGCAGAAUAACUUUGCUGUUGAAGAAGAAGAAUUUUGAAUGUUGAAAGCUAAUGAUGCUCAUGUGGUUUAAUGUGGCAGUAUCCCUUGUUU